UGUAGCAAAAAAAUUAUGUACACGUUGAAGUGCAUUUCAAGACUUCCACUCAACAUAUUAACUUUUCAACCAAUUGCAAAAUGUUCAUCGAAAGGAAUUCAAAAUGCAACAUUACAGUACAGGCAGAGCGUGCAAAAUGUUAUGCAAGGUGUAGCAUAUGGUCAGCCAACACCUUGGACGCAUUCGCAUCUUAUAAAAGAUGGAGAAGUUGUACCAGGCAUCGACGUAAAUGAAUUUCAAGCUAGACGCAAUAAACUAAUGGAGAAAAUUUCACGCGUAAACAAAUCAUGUUUCAAAAUCUCUGCACAUGUUGUAAUAAUACCGUCUGCUUCUAAAGUUUAUAUGUCAGAUAAAAUACCUUAUGUUUUUCGACAAAAUACAGAUUUUUUGUAUCUCACUGGUUGUCAAGAGCCUAAUUCUAUAUUGCUAAUGACAGCAAUAAAUGAUAAUUAUACAUCAACACUGUUUAUGCAGCCAAAAAAUCCUCAAAUAGAAUUGUGGGAAGGUCCAAGGACAGGAGUCACUGCAGCCUUACCUUUUUUCCAAGUUGAUCAAGUAUUUCCAGUUUCAGAAUUUCAUUCCAUUUUACAAUCUUUUUUAAAUGCACAUAAAAAUAGUAUUGUUUGGUACGAUGGUGCAAAUAUUCUGCAAGCCGAAGUACAUCAGAAUCUCCAACAACUUAUAAAGACAUUAAAUAAACAAGAAUUUAAUAACCCUAAAAGCUUCCUUCACGAAUUACGUGUCAUUAAAUCGAAGGCUGAACAGAAUUUAAUGAGAAGGAGUUGUGAGAUUGCGUCCGCGGCUAUAUCAGAAACAAUAAGAAAAUCAAAAAUAGGAAUGACCGAACAUGAGUUAUUUGCUACCGUUGAUUAUGAAAGUCGGAUGAGAGGUGCUGAAUUUUUGGCUUAUCCUCCAGUUGUAGCUGGUGGUAAAAAUGCAAACGUUAUUCAUUAUAUUGCAAAUAAUCAAUUUGUAUGUGAUAAGGAAAUGGUUUUGAUGGAUGCGGGUUGCGAAUACCAUGGAUAUACUUCUGAUAUCACAAGAACGUGGCCAAUUAAUGGUACUUUUACACCUAACCAAAGAAUUUUAUACGAAAUUAUUUUGGAUAUUCAAAAGACCUUAAUAAACAAAUUAAAAGAAAUGCCAAGUCUUGAUAUUAUUUAUCAUGAUAUGUGUCGUUUACUGGGAAAAAGGCUACAAGAAGAAUGCAUAAUAUCAAAAAAUUUAAAUACAGCUCAAUUACUGGAGGCGGCUCAUCAUUGUUGCCCUCAUCACGUUAGUCAUUAUUUGGGAAUGGAUGUUCACGAUACAAUGAACAUUUCUCUGUAUAAUCCAGUUCUUCCAGGAAUGAUUAUAACUGUUGAACCAGGUAUCUAUUUAAACUCAAACAAUAAGUUUGUUCCAUCGGAAUUUCAUGGUCUUGGGAUUAGAUUAGAGGAUAACAUUUUAAUUCACGAACAUACACCUGAAAUUCUAACUGAAAGCUGUCCCAAAGAAGUAAUGGAAAUCGAAAUUCUUGCACAGCAGAAUCAAACGUAGCAUAAAAUUAGUAUAUGCUUAUUAAAUUGUUACGAUUAUUAAAAAAAUUAAUUUGAACAAAUGUGU